UGGUGUUUACUUUUUGGUAUUGUUCCUAUUGUUUUUAAUUCUUCGAGCGUUUCGGCAGAAAGGUGACAUAAAAACAAAAUUAUACGCUUACGAAAUGUGCAUAGCAGGUUGCCAUCAAACAAUUUGAAAUCAAUAGCACGUAGUCACUAAAAUGAACCAAAGGAAUUAUGAAUCCGACGCAGACAUAGCUUCUGAUCAGAAUGGCAGAUCGUUUUGGACCAAUGACUCCGGUGGAUUAUCAAUCAACCCGGAAGCACUGCUGGAUGUCGCUGUUGAGGCAUUUAAUAAGCUCUGGCUGCAAGUGCGACGUAUUAUAAAUUUUGCCAUGUACGAUUUGGGCGGAUAUGAAGCCUUCGAUGCAAUUGUCUUGUGGUGCGUGCGUAAUCCCCACAAAGCUAUCUGUGCCUUGGCCGCGCUUUUCGUUUUCAUUCUACCUUUUCUAAUCAUAGUUGGUUUCGGAAUUGCUGCUAUGGUGUUGACAUUUGCUGGGAUUUUAGUACUCGAAGGAACUCUUCUUACGAUUGCGACCAUUAUGUUCUUUGCUUGUUUGGGUGGAUUGGCCGUUGUUGUUGUGUUGUUAACUGCUUCCGCUGUUGCUGCAUAUUUUGGUGCUUCGCAGCUCUUUGGUGGAAUGGAACGUAAUCAAGAUACUUUAUUGAAGUUUAUGGAAAAGCAACGCAGAAUUGCCUCUGCAGCCCGAGGAGGAAAUGGCGCGCACAAUGUCGCCUCAUCGCAUACUUAGUAUAAGAGCUAUGAAACCAAGACUGUGAAGUGAAUAAUCUCAAAAUAUACAUAUUUGUAUUCCAAAGUAA